AUGGCUGCAGCAAAGGCAGUGACCUUCGAGGAGGUGGCUGUUUAUUUCACCGCGGAAGAGUGGGCUCUGCUGGACCCCACUCAGAGAGCCCUCUACAGGGACGUCAUGCGGGAGAAUUAUGAGAAUGUGACCUGGCUGGGAUUCCCCAUCCCUAAACCUGACCUGAUCUCCCACAUGGAGCGAGGGGAACAGCUGUGGGUGCACCAAGCAGCAGGUGAUGGGACAGCCAGUGAGAACGAGGAAGAGAAUCCCCAGCAGGGAGGCCCUGAGUUGGCAGAACCACACGGGAUGUUCUCGGGAAGGUCCCAGGGGAACGUUUGCCAGGGAGAGGCUAGCGAGAGUCAGGGCAGGUCAGAGGAGCAGUGGGGAAACCUGCCUGGGGAGAGAGAGGGUAAAUCCUCUCCUGAAGAGGGAUGUUUCAAGAAACUCAAACAGCUCCUGGACCUUAAGGGGAAGCAGAAAAGAUGGACGGGAAAAGCAGGCGCUGAAUGUGGGCAGGGCUCAGGAGAGAUGCUCCGUCUGGGAACCCACCUGGAAGAGGCAUCCCAUAGAUGCGGGGAAAGCCCCCAGCAGAACUCGAUGCCGCCACAACAUCAGAGCGCAGCCCUCACCAUCCAGCAGAGAAUCCGCUCAGAGCAGAAACCCUGCCAGUGCCCCGACUGCGGGAGAAGCUUUGUUCGGAGGUCGACCCUCAUGGCACAUCAGAGGCUCCACACGGGAGAGAGGCCCUACAAAUGCCCUGACCUGCAGAGGAAACCUUUCCCGCAUCCAGAAUCCAGGAAACACUUUGCCGAGAGCUCGGUCCGGACGAAGCACCGGCGAUUCCACCCGGGAGAGAGUCCCUAUGCGUGCCCGGACUGCGGGAAAGGAUUCAGCCUACGCUUCAACUUUGCGAUGCACCGGAGGGUCCACACGGGCAAGCGCCCCUUUUUGUGUCCUGACUGUGGAAUGGGCUUUAACCGGAGAGCCAAGCUCACUGUACAUCAGAGGGCCCAUGAGGGGGUGCGACCCGACUGCGGGAAAAGCUUCGGCCGGCAGGCACCUCUGGAGCAGCCCGGGAGAGCCCAUUGCGGGGAAAAGCCGCGUGUCUGCGCCAGCUCUGGGAAAAGAUUCAUCGACGCCUUGGCCCUGAUCGAGCACCAGCGGGGCCACACGGGAGAGAGGCCCGAUAAACACCACGAGGGCGGGAAAAGCUCCGACCUGGCCCAGCGCUCUCCGGCCCCAGAGGAGGGGCCGCGCUGCAAAAGCACAGCCCUGCCAAAACACCGGGCAGCGGAGAGACCCUACCGCUGCCUCGACUGCAGCAGGACCUUCAGCAGACGCGCCAACCUGCUCUCCCACCGGUGUGGCCACACGGACGAGCAGCCCUACAGGUGCUCGUACUGCGGGAAGAGCUUCAGCCUACGUUUCAACCUUGCGAUGCAUAGGAGAGUCCAUGCUGGCAAGCGACGUUCUGGGGUGGCCAAGGAGGCGCUGGUAUGUGCUAUUCAGCUUCCUGGAUUCAUCAGUAAUCUCCCUGACUCCAGAGAGAUUACUGAUGAACCCCAGAAGCUGAGUAACACAUACCGCCUCCUCAGCUGCCCCGGGAACCUACAUGGCGCAUAUCAAAAGCUCACGUUCUUCUUCCAGAAGAGAAGAGACAAGAGCUUUUCCCACAGGGCAGCUUGGGAUCUAGGGAGAGGAAACAGUCGAACCAAUCACAGAGCCUACACGCCUGCGAAUAAGCUCUCCAGAUUUGACCCCGACCCUCAUGGUCUCUCCCCGGUGUGGAUCCGCCGGUGCUUGAUCAAGGUGGAGCUCUCCGUGAAUCGUCUCCCGCAGUCGGCACAGACGGUGGAGGUGUCGCCGAAGUCCUUCCCGCAGUACAUGCAGACGCAGGGCCGUUCCCCGCAGUGGAUCCGGCUGUGCUUGGCCAGGUGCUUUAAAGGAGCCGGCUGCGUGUUCCCAAUGGAGAAGUGGCUCUUCCUAGAUCCUCGGCAGAGGGCCCUGUACAGAGAUGUCAUGCACGAGAGCUAUGAGACCCUGAUGUCCCUCAGUAAGGAACUGUCUGCCUUCGGUUAUGGGAAGUUGCCCCAUUCGCUGGGGCUGUGCCCAGUGCUGGUCAGCGUGAAAUAUCCCAUCCCUAAACCGGACGUGAUCUCCCGACUGGAGCAAGGGGAAGAGCCGUGGGUCCCCCCGGAUCUCCAGGGCUCUGGGGGAAGGGACCUCCCGAGAGGCGCCAGCCCAGGGACCGCGAGCGAGACCGAGGGGGAGGCUCCGCGGCCAGGAGGCCCCGAGACGGCAUCAUCGGGAAGCAGCCGGGGGAAGGUGGCCCGCAAUCCCAAAGGGGGCAAAGCCGGCAGGUCCAGAGGCCAGCAGGGAAAGCCGCCGGGGAAGAGACGGGGCAGAGAAGCUCCAUGCAAUGGAGGCUUCAAGAAAGUCCGGGAUGGGGCAGCCCUGCGGAGAGGCCAAUCGGGGGAGAGCCCCGAAGCCAGGCUCAGUGUGGACGGUAGCAGGCAACGUCCUGCGGGAGAGGAGCCCUCCCUGUGCCCGGAGUGCGGGGAGAGCUUUACGGAGAGCUCCGCCCUCCUUACCCACCAGAGAUCCCACACGGGGCAGGGCUCUUACCCAUGCCCGGAGUGUGGGGAGAGCUUCAUCGAGAGCUCCGCCCUCCUUACGCACCAGCAGUCCCACGCGGGGCAGGAGCCCGGCCCGCGGCGCCGACCCCAGGCCCCCGGCGGGAAGCGUUACCGCUGCUCGGAGUGCGGGGAGCGCUUCCGGGUGAGCUCCCACCUGGCCACCCACCUGCGCCUCCACACCGGGAUCAAGCCCUUCCAAUGCGCCGACUGCGGGAAGGGCUUCGACUGGGGCUCGCACUACGCCCGGCACCGGCGGCUGCACACCGGCGAGCGGCCCUUCCAGUGCGCCGACUGUGGUAAAUGUUUUGGGCGCAGCUCCCACCUCUACCGGCACCAGCGGGCCCACGCCGGCGGGAAGCCCCUGGAGUGCCCGGACUGCGGCAAGGCCUUCAACAGCAGCGCCUUCUUCCACAAGCACCAGCGGGCCCACGCCACCCCCCGGCAGCCCCACCGGUGCCCCGAGUGCGGGGAGAGCUUCCCCCGCAGCGCUGCUCUCGCCCGGCACCGCCGGAGCCACCGGGGCGACAAACCCUUCCGGUGCGGGGACUGUGGGAAAGGCUUUGCCUGGAGCUCCCACCUGGAGCGGCACCGGCGCGUCCACACCGGCGAGCGGCCCCACACCUGCGGGGAGUGCGGGGAGGCUUUCAGCCAGAGCGCCCACCUAGUGAAACACAAGCGGGUGCACACGGGCGAGAGACCCUUCCGGUGCGGCGACUGCGGGAAAGCCUUCACCUGGAGCUCGCACCUGGAGCGGCACCGGCACGUGCACACCGGCGAGCGGCCCCACACCUGCGGGGAGUGCGGGGAGGCCUUCAGCCAGAGCGCCCACCUGGUGAAACACAGGCGGGUGCACGCAGGGGAGAAACCCUACCGGUGCGGGGACUGUGGGAAAAGCUUCAGCCAGGCACCGGCGCUGGCCAGGCACCGGCGGCUCCACGCCGCUGGGGGGAAACCCUUCCGCUGUGCUGACUGCGGGAAGGGCUUCGCCUGGAGCUCCCACUGGGAGCGGCACCGGCGCGUCCACACCGGUGAAAAGCCUUUCCAGUGCGCCGACUGUGGGAAAUGCUUUGGCCGUAGCUCCCAUCUCUACCGGCAUCAGAGGAACCACCCCGGAGAGAAACCCUCCUCCCAAGGGGCUGAGUAA